GGAGGGGGGGGGGGGAGGGAGACUGCCGCCACUGGCGGUGGGAGGCAGGGCGGCCGCUGCUACGGAAGCGGACGGGGCCGACAAUGGUGAAUUCUAAGGAAGAAGCAGCGGGUGUGUUGAGCCUCUUCUGACUGAGGACUGAAAAUGCCAGCAGUUGAAAGUGAGGCAAAGGCAAAAACCAAAGUCCGCUUUGAGGAAAUCUUCAGACAUCAUGCUGGCCUAACGGACACGAAAAAAUCAAAGAAAAAUAAGUUUCAUUCUGAAGAGAAUAUUGUGCUUGACACCUUUAGAAGUAAUAUUGAUCUAGCUAAGGAAAGUGUGAAUGAUGAAGCAAUUAUAAACAACACAUAUAACCCUGAAGAAGAAAGUCCCCGAUUUACAAAAAAUAAACUGAGAGAGAAAGCCUCAAUUGCAGAGAAAAUAAACAAUGAUAUUGUUAGUGGAGAGGAGAACAAGCAACCACAGUCUAACAAGAAGAAAAAGAAAUCACUGUUACAAGAACAAUUUAAUGAGGAAGAAAAUUUAUGUGAAGGUAAAUUGGAGAGUUUUGAGAAAAAGAUUAAUGAUUUUCCAAAGAAGAAAACAAAAAGUAAAUCACAAACAGAUGUACCUCAUCAAGAAGGUAGUAGAAAGAUUAAAAAUUCCUUGACUGAAGUGAGAAAUGUAACUGAAUUAGAAGAGGAAGAAGAGCUAAUUCGAGCCUAUCAGCUGCAUGUGGCUGAGGAUGAGGCAAAUGCAAUUAAAAAGAAAAUAAGAAUGAAACUUAAAGAACAGAUGUCUGAAUUUACCUCCAGCGUUCAAAGCCAUGAAGUUGUAUUGAACAAUGAAGUGGGCAAAAAGAAGAAAAAGAAGAAAGAAAUAGCAGGUUUAAGUGAAGCUGAAACAAGUGCAAUGUCCCUUUCUGAGCUACAGCAUCAUCCAGCAGAAGAUGGCGAUGGCAAUGAAAAUCAGUCAUUGGAAAGACUAGUUACAUCAGAAGGACAGAAACUGGAGGAAAGCGUGGAAAAACAGAAACCUAAAGCAAAGAAGGUUAAAAAGAAAACCAGAAAAGAAGGAAACACAGAAGUUGCUGCAGAAAAUGAUGAAGAAAUGAAUUCAGAUACUUCAGUGCAGUCUAAAUUUGGUUUUGAUGAUGAUCUUGUGUUGGGAGUUUAUAUCCAUCGAUCUGAUCGACUUAAAACUGAUCUCCUGGUUUCUCAUCCCAUGGUUAAAAUCCAUGUUGUUGAUCAGAGGAGUGGCUUAUAUGUCAAGAAGGAUCAUAGCAAGAGGAAAGUUUCUUCUUAUUAUGAACAAGAACAAAUAGAGCAUGUUCUUCCUAUUAUGACACAACCAUAUGACUUCAGACAGUCUAAAUCAGCAAUUCCAGAAUGGGAAGAGCAAGUCAUAUUUAAUGAGCGUUUUAGUUACUUUAUUCAAAAUACUGAAGAAAGCCCCCGGGUAAUCCUGUUUUUUGAGAUCCUUGAUUUUCUAAGUAUGGGUGAAGUGAGAGCCAACUCUGUACAAACUCAGGAAUGUGGUUUCCGAAAAAUUUGUUGGGCAUUUCUAAAGCUUGUAGGUGCAAAUGGAGUUCGAAACAUUGAUGGAAAACUCCGCCUGCAAUUAUAUUACCCACCUCCAAGGACCAAGUCACAUUCGAAUGUUGUUGAGAUUUAUGACUGGUGGGCAAAAUGUCCUAGAAAUCGUUAUCCAUCAACUUUAUAUGUAACCAUAAGAGGCAUAAAACUGCCAGAUCAUGUUGCUCCUUCUUUCCGCUCUAUGAUAGCUGUUCAGCAGGAACAAAGCAGUGCAACACUGCGUGAGCUCCAGAGAGAGGGAUCUAAAAAAUCAUGUGAACCCUUUCCAGAGGAGAAAAAGGAGCCGUUUAAAUGGACAAGAUUGCCUGGACAGGUUUGCCGCAUACCGAACAAGCAUCUGUUUUCACUGCGAGGUGGAGAUAUGGGCUGUUUCUGUAUUCGUUUCUCUCAUGAUGGAAAAACACUGGCAGCAGCAUGUGCAGGAAGGAAUGGCUAUCCCAUUGUUUUGUAUGAAAUUCCUUCUGGACGGUUCCUGAGAGAAUUUUAUGGUCAUCUUAACAUAGUGUAUGAUCUUUGUUGGUCAAAAGACAAUCAAUACCUUCUUACUUCAUCCUCUGAUGGCACUGUCAGAAUGUGGAAAAUAGAAAUGCAGGCAGCAUCUGCAGUGAGAGUUUUCCCUCAUCCUUCAUUUGUUUACACUGCAAAGUACCACCCAACUGCUGACUUGUUGGUCGUGACAGGAUGUUAUGACUCGGUGAUUAGAAUCUGGAAUGCAAAUGUGAGAGAAAUCCAUGGGCAACUGCUACAGGAGCUUAAUGGUCACAGAAGUUUCAUCAACACACUUUGUUUUGAUGCAGAAGGGCUCCACAUGUUCUCAGGAGAUAGUUCAGGACUGAUAAUAGUUUGGGAUGCAUCUGUCAAAAGUAGUUCUCAAAACGUGUUUCAACACUGGAGGAUUAAUAAGGAAAUAAAAGAAAAUGAUAUUAAAGGAACACCAAUAAAUCAUUUGGAGGUGCAUCCAAAUGGAAGGCGUUUAUUAAUCCACACCAAAGACAGUACUCUGAGAAUCAUGGAUCUCAGAAUCUUGGCUACAAAGAAAUACAUAGGUGCCACAAAUUACAGAGAAAAGAUUCACAGCACCUUAACACCAUGUGGCACAUUCCUGUUUUCUGGAAGUGAAGAUGGAAAGGCUUAUGUUUGGAAUCCAGAAACAGGAGAUCAGGUGGCCAUAUAUUCUGAACUCCCCUUCACAUCUCCACUUCGUGAUGUUGCCUUUCAUCCACAUGAACACAUGGUGUCAUUUUGUGCCUUUGGUCAAAACCACCCAAUACUUGUAUAUGUCUAUGAUUAUAAAGUUGCACAACAGGAAGCUGAGCUCAUAAAAGAUGUCAGUUCAUCACUUACCACAGCUGCGCCAAGAGGGCCACAGUUCUUUAGCAGUUCUUCUGAAAUUCCUGUACAAAAAAGUUCAGUGAUGUCUCCAGCAGAUCAGUUUGUCAGUGUUGCAAGAGCAUCAAUGAGAACGCAGAAGGUGAAACAAAAACUUGAUUCUGUUAUGGCAAGCUCAAAUCUCUUGCUUCCUGCACCGUCGUUGCUGUCACCACACUCCAAGCUAAGACUGCCAGGCACUCUGAGCUCUCCACUGAAUCCCCAGUAUUCUUUCACUGCUGAAAGUGGGUGUUUCAGCCCAGUAGGAAAUCCUCUUAGCCGAACACUAUUGGGUACACUACAGACGAACGAUGACUGCCUGACUGCACUAGGGGUGAGAGGAGGGAGCAAUUGUCCACUCAGGCAAGAGACAGUAGUGGCUCUUUAUGACUACACAGCGCAUCGAUCAGAUGAGCUAACCAUCCAUCGCAGUGACAUUAUCCAAGUGUUAUACAAAGAUAAUGAUAACUGGUGGUUUGGCAGCCUAGCAAAUGGACAGCAAGGCUAUUUUCCAGCUAAUUAUGUGGCUGGUGAAAAAGAAUAUGAAGAACAACCUUCAGGAUUAGUUCCAGAUUCUGCUCCUCUCCUACCUGAAGGACCAAGAGAAGCAGAGGAAGGUUCUCCAACACUACAUAAGGUGUCACCAGUAAUCAGUAAGUCAGGGGACCUAAAAUUUAGCUCCGAGCGUGACACAGAUAGAGGAUCAUCUGCAACACAAGGUGCAAAGAAAAAGAAGAAAAGGAUACAGAAGACCGAGAUAGAAAAUCAGCACAACUUAAUGCCUCUCGAUACUCCUGUAUCAUCAGUUACAGCUAACGGUGUUGAAAACGAACCUACAGCCCAUGGGGAAUUGAAGAAGAAGAAAAAGGCAGUGAGAGGCUCAAACUUCAGCACAAAUGGAAAGACAAAUAUUGCCUUUGAGCCUGAAUGCUAUGAUGUGUAGUCAUAAUUUAAUUCUAAUUACUGGUAUGAUACUCGGUAUACAUGUUGAAAGCUGCAACUACAAUCUUACUUCUAGGAUUAAGAAGAAACAAAGAAGUUGAAAUACUCAAAAAAGCAAAAUGGCGCCAGUUGUGACUUAACAAUGGCGUAAACCUGUUCUGGAAGACUUCUGCCCUGGGUUCCAUGAAAUCAACAGAACUUGAAUGUUCAGCUCCUCACUGGACUGAUAAAAUCUGAAACAGGCUUUCAUAUUUCAUGAGAACCCCACUGCCAAAUACAAUGUUAACCAAUUUAAUAUCUGAUUACACCUCCACUUAGCCUGAACAGGCAUUUCUGUAGACGGCAGAUCGAUCCAUUGGGAGCAGAGAAUCAAGUGAAAGUGUGAUCUAGAGCAACACUGGCCCAACCACUACAUAAAUUAUUAAAUUAGCAUUUUUAAAUGUGCUCUAAGUAAGAUGGAGGAUUGAGCAGAAUGGUUAAAUUUCAAAGGAACACUGACAUUACAGCGUACCUGAAAACACAAGCUUUUUAAAAUUUUUUUACUGACAUCAAAUAUUCUUGGACUUGCAUUUUGCAGCUCUGAAGUGAAUGCUGAGUAACUACCUAUGCAACUACACUGUCUUCAGUGGGACUACUCAUGCUUACCAAUGUAAACAAGUAAUGCAAAUUCCAGGCAGUUAUAUUUUUCAAAUGAGGUUUUCUGCACAUAAUAAAGGUGCAUUGCAGUUUUGUCAGAGAUCCUGGCCGCUUUGGCAGCAGUCUCGCCAAAUAUACUUUUUUUUGUCUGAAUGAAAUAUUUCAUAUCCAACUGUGCUGUUUGUUUUACUUGUAGACCUUGUUCACUUGUUAGUGUCAUUAAUCUAUUUUUUUACUUGCGUAUUAUGUUGUGAACUUUUACUAAUGACUUCACUAAAUUAUCUACAGUGCUAAAUAAUUUUUUAUAUUAAAGGAAACACUUUCUAUCA